AAAUGCUUCGAUUUCAACUCUACUUGAUCAGUCGACAUCGCGAGUCGGUAGCUACGAGAUUGUUUCCAAUCGGUGUUGUCUUUGCUUUAAACUGCACUAGCACAUAGUUUCCCACCUACGAAGAUGAGCUGGCUGAUCUCAGCGGUCUUCCUCCUGAUGUCCCUUUGUGCCUUCGCGAAGGGCCAGGACACGAUUUCGGCGAUGUGCCUCUCGGACGAACGGUGCACCUCUGUGAAGCGUUGCGAAGACUCGGAUGAUUCCGGUCGCAGGGGAAUUAGGCCACGCAGCUCCCGCAUCUGCGGCACCCAAAUGGUCUGCUGCGAGAAAGCCCAGCUGGACAGCUAUGACAGAUGGAUGGCUGAGAAGACUACAACCGUGCCCUCAACGAUUCGAAACAAGGUAUCCAGUGUUCUGGAACCGCCUCCGAACGAGAGCUGCGGUCAGAACAUGGAGUGUGUACCCAGGAAGCUGUGCCGCGACAAUAUCAUCAACGACUCGGGGAUCAGCCUGAUCAAUCCGAGGUUCAGCCCGAUUCAGUGCAGCAAGUCCUUGUACCGCUGUUGCGCCGUGGAUCAAAAGGUGGAUGAUAGCGAAAGCUAGCGAUCGCAGCGAACGGCGAUAUUAUGGGAGAGAGCCUCUGAAUCUCCGGAGAUUAGUAAAAUCUACUAAUAGCUCCCCAACGACUUCGCUCAACAAAUUCAAUUCUCUUCCGAUCGGCAGCACUUUACUUCUCAGAAUCAGGAAAGCCGGUUCUAACUAUAUAUAUCUUGAGCUCAACUAUAGGCGAUCAGUCGUCUUUGUGAAACAUAUGCUACAGGGUUGGCAUCGGUGAUGUCUUUACAUUUAAAUAUGAAUAUGAUGAGUAAUUAGCUUAUGUAUAUCUCAUAUGUUUAAUAAAUGCUAUAUGUAAAUGAA